GAGGAGGAGGAGGAGAAGGAAGAAGGGGAGGAGGAGGAGGAGGAGGAGGAGGAAGAAGAAGUGGAGGAGGAGGAGGAGGAGGAGGAGGAGGAGGAGGAGGAGGAGGAGGAGGAGAGGAGGAGGAGGAGGAGGAGGGAA